AUGAGUGCAACAGCUCACAAGACGCCUAAAUCAGGGAGACAAUCUCUGCUCUUUCAAGAUUUAGCUUCUCCUGUUUCAGCACGCAGAGGGAAAUUCUCAACCCCGGGCCAGGCAGCUGCGGUAUCUGCACUAUGGCGUGAGAAUUUCGGAGGAUCGGAUCUUCCACCACCUCCGAUGUACACUUUAGAUGACCGGUCUGAUUUCUCUCCAGAGUCUGGCAUUGCAGACUACUCGGGCUCUCCGGAUCUCAAAUCUGAGAGAAGAACGCCUUUCCAGAGCUCUGGGAAAAACUUUGUAACUCCUGGGAAAGGGAAGUUAGAAGCAAGUCCGUCUUUUUCUCUACGGAGUGCACAGCAGAGUCCGCAAGUUUCAGCGAGUCCGAGUUGGUGGUCACAGUCUAAAGCAGGUGGUAGUAGUAACGAGCAGGAUGAUAAAGGGAAGGGAUCUCCUGUUGAAGGUGUGAUUCAGCCAGGUGCAUUGGUCACUCUUCCACCACCAAGAGAAGUUGCUAGGCCUGAGGUUCAGAGGCAAGUUAUACCCACAGGGAACCUUGAAGAGGAAGAGUGGGUCACCGUCUAUGGAUUUUCUCCAGGUGAUACAAAUUUGGUACUACGAGAGUUUGAAAAGUGUGGUAUGAUCUUGAAACAUGUUCCUGGUCCAAGGAAUGCCAACUGGAUGCACAUCCUCUAUCAGAAUCGGUCUGAUGCACAGAAAGCUCUGAGCAAAGCCGGGAUGAUGAUCAAUGGAGUGGUAAUAGUAGGAGUGAAGGCAGUAGACCCGAUACAGAGGCAAGCGUUAAACGAAAGACUGAACAACCAAGGGUUCAUGCCUUUGCCUCCACCAUCCUCCACUAGAGACUCUGAGUUUAACACGGCGAGGCCCUCUUCUCGUCCUCACUACUUGCAAAACGGAAGCGCAUUCGCACCUCAACCAAGUGGCGGCGGCGGCGCCAUGGCCUCUCCAUCGAAGUCGGUGGUCACGAAGUUCUUUGACUUGAUGUUCGGUGUUUAA